CACUGCUUCAGGGACCAGACACAAACCACCAAUUGACUUGCUCCUUUCCCCAACUUCUUCUCUUCUUUCUUUACCCGUGAUACCCCUUCGUCCCCGCCCCCCCCGAAUUCUCUUGGUCGACGACCUCAGAUACAUACAGCAGCCAUGUCCGAGAAGAAGCCCGCAACUCCCAACCUGGGCAAGGUUCUCGUCAUCGGCGGCAACGGCUUCCUGGGCCAUCAUGUUGUCAAUCAGCUCCUCGCCGGCGAUCGCUGGGCCGUCACGUCCGUUGACGUGAUCGAUCUUCGCUGCGGCCACAAUCGACACCCCAAAGCCAACUACCAUGAGGCUGACAUCACCGACACUGACAGGAUGAAGUCCAUCCUCGAGAACACUAAGCCCGACGUCGUCAUCCACACCGCCUCCCCUGCCGCCCAGGGCGACGGCCCCGUCGCCAAGGACCUCUUUCGCAAGGUCAAUAUCGACGGCACCGCCUCUGUCGUCGUCGCGUGCCAGGCCUGCUCCGUCAAAGCCCUCGUCUACACAUCUUCCGCCAGCAUCAUCAGCGACAACACGAGCGACCUCAUCAACGCCGACGAGCGGUGGCCCGUUAUCCGCGGUGAGCUGCAGACUGAGUACUACUCCGAGACCAAGGCCGCCGCAGAAGAACUAGUCCUCAAUGCGAACCGCCAAGACCCUUACCCCCUCGUUACAUGCUCCAUCCGCCCUGCGGGCAUCUUCGGCGAGGGCGACACCAUGGUCACCCAUCAGAUGGUCAAGAUCUACCGUGAGGGAAAAACGGGCUUCCAGCUGGGCGACAACGACAACCUCUUCGACUUCACAUACGUCGGCAACGUCGCCCAUGCCCACCUUCUGGCGGCGCGACUGCUUCUCGCCACCGCCGCUGCCUCCACCGCCCCCCUCGACCACGAAAAGGUCGACGGCGAGGCCUUCCUCGUCACCAACGACAGCCCCAUCUACUUUUGGGACUUCACGCGCGCCAUCUGGCGCGCCGCGGGAUCCGACAAGGGCACGAGCCACGUCUGGACCAUCCCCCGCGAGAUCGGCGCUGUUCUGGGCUUCUGUUCUGAGGUCUUCUGCAGCAUCGUCGGCAAGCCUCCUACGUUCAACCGCCAGCGCAACAUCUACAGCUGCAUGACACGCUACUACAACAUCAGCAAGGCCAAGCGUCUGCUCGGCUACCGACCCAUUGUCAGCCUCGACGACGGCAUCAAAAGAGGCGUGCAGUGGUUCCUGGACCAGGAGAAGGCCGGCAAGGUCAGUAUCAAGGCAUGAAUGAGAGAAACCAUGAUGAACGAAAGAAGGUGGAAGCACGGGAUACGCUCGCGAUGAGCGGCGGGCAUGGCGGUUCAAAUGAAAAGUGUGUUCAUUUCCGUAUAUAUACAUUCAUACCCUCAGUGUAGGAAGGACUUAAUAAUUGGGCCUUGACAUGGCCAUGACCUGGGAAAAAGAAACAAGCUAUAAAAGGCGAUGAACUUCACAUUGCAAUGCUAUUGUAAUUGACAAGUGGAAACAUGAACACACACACACACACAUAUAUAU